GAGACGGGAGACUUGGAAGAAGAGAAAAAGAAAGAGAGGGAGACGACUCGAACGACCGAUCUGCUCUUCAAGCCCAUCGCUUCCUCGCUCUGUUUCUCCCUCGCGUAGAUUUAAGUUGAGGAGAAAGAGGGAACGUCUCCAUCUUUGGGCUUAGAGGCAGGUUCGUGGUUGGUGUGUUGGAAGUCUUGCAUAAGAUGUACUUCCGGUCAUCAUCUUACCGAAAUGCAGAUAUUGAGCUGGUUUUUGAAUUCAUAUGGAUAGCAAGAAGUUCAUGCAAUUGGUUGAGGAGAAAAAGAAAAGAGCCUUGGAGAAGAAAGAAGCCCCCUUGAAAUGGGAACAAAAGUUAGAGGCUGCUGCCAAGGCAAAAGCAGAUGCCGAAGCCAAGGAGAGGAAAAUAAAAGCUGCAAAGCAUAAGAGGAAAUCUGUAUCAACAUCUGAUGAUGACAGUGACAGUGAGAGCAAUGAUUCCGGAAGAAAGAGGGCCAAAAGGUCACACAAGAAGCACAGGAAGCAGAGUCACUCUGAUUCAUCAGGCGACAAUGAGAAGAAGAGGGAAAAGAAGUCCAAGCGAAGACCAAAGAAGCACUCCUCGAGCUCAAGUGAUGAGAGCAGCGGCAAUGAAUAUUACAGUGAUUCAGAGGAAGAUCAGAGGAGGAAGAAGCGGGCUCACAAGAAAAGGCAUAGACGUCAUGUUUCAGACUCAGACUCUAGUGCUUCAGAUUCCUCAAGUGAUGAAAACGGGGCACUAGCACGAAAGAAUCACACUAGGCACCACAAACAUCAUCGCAAAACCGUCCAUGACUCGACAUCUUCAGACUCUGAUGAUAAUAGGCGUCAACAUGCAAGGCACCACAAACGACAUCACCGAUCCAGUGCUGAUGAAUCCACAGAUUCAGAUUCUGAUUAUCACAGGGAUGAGGGGAGGAGCCAGUCUUUGGGAAAGUCAUCAGAUGACAACCACGAAGAAUCAGGUAAACAAAAGAGGCAUAAGAAAUGUCACCACCGUCAUGGCCACCAUCACCACCGUCGCCACCACCAUCACAAACCCCAUCAUGCAGCAGCAGAUAACAAUGGUAAUCAUGAGCACCGUAACCAUUCAGAACCUAAUGGAAAACCCACAGAAAAUACAGCCAAUGGCAAUUCUACUGGUGCGGAUGCCAACUGACGUGGAUUGAUCGAGCAACUGUACUACCCUCUUUCACUUUGUUUUUGUUUUUUUUUUUUUUAGCUUGGUAGAAAAUCUGAGAACUCAAAUGUGGAUAAAAAUUGCUCAUGUUUUAAUGGACCUUGAUUGAAUUUGAGGUAAUCUGGGAUCUCAUUGGUGAGUUCGCUCCUUGGGUUUUUAUUUGUGAGAAUAAGAAUUUGUUUAAACUUGCA